AUGCUACGAAAACGAAAGUUUCUCACAGACGAUAAACUAUCAUCUAGUAAAUCAACUUCUCAUGUAACUAGUCACAACAGGCGGACUUCACCUGGAGAAGAACAAAAAGAAGAGGAGGAGGAAGCAAAAGAAGCAAAAGAAGCAAAAGAAGCAAAAGAAGACAAUCAAAAUUAUAAUGAUAAUGAUAAUGAAACAGAUGCGUUAAAUGCUGCUCUUUUGUUACGCAAAAAACGCCGUGAUUUGGAGCUCAAGACUCCUCUUAAAAAGAAACCCAAAAUUGAUACCACGAGUGCUGACCAAAUUAAACAACAACAACAACAACAACAACAGCAACAGCAGAAGCAACAGACGCAGAAUCAGAAUCAGAAUCAGAAUCAGAAGCAACAACAAAAACAAGAUAAAAAGGAUAAACCAGAAGUGGAGACAUUAUAUGGGAGGUUUUUGCCUGCAUCUUCAAGUAUUCUAAAUAUGCCAGAAAAUGAAAAGGAAGAUACUUCAAUGAAUAGUAUGAAUAGUACAAAUACCUUGGGGAAAGCACCAGCUAGUUUGCCCAAACGUCCACAAUCUCCAGUAAAUAUAGGCUUUAGCCAAUCGCAAAUUGGGACUGAUAAUGAACGGAAAAAGAAUAAUGAAGGUACACGACCAAUUUAUACCAAGCCUAAAGGAUUAUUAUCAACUGAUGAAGAAGUUAAGGGAUUUGCAGUGUCAGGGCGUAUUGUGGAGGUUGAUUUACGGCAUAACAAAGCAAAGAAAGCUUCGCCAAGUGAAGAUUCUGUGCUUUCCAUUUUGGCCAAAAAUAAACAACGAAGUGCAUCUAAGCAAUAUGAUGCAGAGAAAGAAGCUGCGAAACGGAAAGAAGAAGAGAUUAUAGAUCAAAGCGUGGAAAGUAUUCUCAAAUCAACUGCAUUCCCCUACUUCACACCUUUACAGGCACGACUCACACGGAUUGAAAGUAACGCAGUAGCAAGUACCGCAGCAGCAGCAGCAGCAAAUCCAAUGGCCAGUACUGGAUCUGAAACAAACUCACCAGCCAGUUUUUUCGAAGAAGACCAAAGACGGCGGCGACGGCGGAUCGAACAGGCUCGGAAAAUGCAUGAAGAUAUAGAGCGUGCUAUGAGGUUAAGAGACCAAAGACCAGGAGGCGGUGCGCGGCGAGGUAACGCAGUGAAUGGACGAUCAAACCGUGGGGGUGCUGGAGGAGGCAGCAAUUCUCGUGGUGGCAGUGGAGGGGCUGGUUCACGAGGGCGUCAAGGUACCACGCGGGGAGGCAAACGACGAUGA